AUGUCUCAGGAUAACUCUGUAAGCGUGGAUAAGAACGUGGAAAGGCCUCCAAGUUGCGAGGAAAAUGGCGUCGAAAAGUCUUGUUCUCCACCAACGCCAGACAGCUGUGAAGACAACCGACCGGAGACUAACUUUCCUUGUAGUCCUCGUCCCAAUAAGAAAAUUUUCGUUGGAGCUUUGACUCCAGAGACGACUGAACAGAACCUGAUGGAUUAUUUUUCUAAAUUCGGAGAAAUAGUGUCAUGUGCUGUUAAAGUUUCUCGCGAUACCGGGCAAUCUCGGGGCUUCGGUUUCAUUGUUUUCAAAAGUGAUGAGACUGUAAAGAAGGUUUUAAGUAUCUCUGAACACAUUGUUAAUGGAAAGAAAAUUGACCCCAAGCCAGCAAAAUGUCCGAAAGACACGCAACGCAAGGUGUUUGUUGGUGGCUUGGACCCAGAGGUGACGCCGGAGGAAAUUGAGGAGCACUUUAGUAAAUUUGGAAAAGUCGAAGCAGUGGAAACGCCAUUCGACAACACCAGAAAUAGACGUAGAAGUUAUGCAUUUGUAGUGUUCUCUUCUGAAUAUGAAGCAAAAAGAGCCGCUUCCAUAGAGAGACAAGAGAUUAAUGGCAAAAGCUGCGAUGUCAGAGUGGCCGUACCGCGAGAGGUUUCUAUGCGGCAAAGAGCAAUGGCUCAGACAGCUCCGCAACUGACCUUGGCUGAUUUUCAGCAGGCUAUGCUUAAUUUAUUCUACUACAACAGUUUGAGCCAGCAACCAGCUCUUCAAAACCAUUUUGCAUGGCAGCAGCCGCAUCAUGCGGUCAAUAGAUCUUUUCGCACUAGCUACGAGCAGCAGGCUGCUGAAAAACUCUUCAAUCAGCCAUCAGUGGCUAGAACUGAUGCUCCGUGGUACGACUCUUCUGGGACGCGACCCCAAACCACUGUGGCAACGGCUCCACCAAGAAAUCCACCUCAGCCCGCCCCGACUCACCCCUAUCUGACCUUCCCCUUUUCCUAUCAUUCGGCUGCUGCACCGCAACACUUUUACUACCAGGCCACCCCUGGAUAUUACUACCAACCAGCUCCGGCGUCCGCAUCUGCUCCUGACGCUCAGCCCUCGUCAACUGGGACCAACGGAACUGUCAACCAGGGCGCCAAUCAGGCAACGGCUAUGAAUGACUUCAUGGCUGCUAUAGUAACAGCCAACCAAAUGCCCUUUCUCACCGCACCAGCUGCGUCGUAUCCUACUGGCCCGGCGGGAGAUAUGGGAUAUCCGUACCGCCAGCAACAGCAGCCAAUAAACCCCACUUUUUAUCAGAACACCUCUACGGAGGGCAUUUUCAAUGACCCCACUUCCGCCCUGUCGCGUCCCCUCUUCUACGGAACUGGCAUGCCACCCCAGUCCUCGGUCCCUUCUGCCUUGAAAUCGCGUCCUUCCAAACCUCACCUCAAUGGUGUUCAUCAGCGAGCUCCUCAAAACGGUCACGGAGUGAAGGAUGUCGAGGGGGUUAACUCGGUCGCCCCCGAGCACCAGUCAUCCGCCAACGGAGCAGCUGUCAUACCUCUGGAGACACAAAUGGCCAAUCUUUCUGUUGCAGACAUGUAG